UCGUCUUGUUUACGAGCCUCUUGUCAAAUGUGAGUUGUGGAGCUUCUAGCACUUCUAGGCCGUACUCUGGGUCCAUGACAGCGUUUUGGUCAUGAUAUCGACAGCGUUUCUUUUAAGCAUAUUUUGCAGUCACUUUCCUCUUUCUUCCACGCUUGUUUAUGAGGCCAACUGCAGCUCCCUUCUCAUGGGCCAGUACAUAUGUGCGCCUCCCGACAUAGACUCAACUACGCAACAGCCGCGCAAUUGCGGACCGGACAAUGUAGCUCAUGUACAGUGUACUCCAGCAGAAGGUGUUGUGUGCAUAAACGGCACGGGCACAAGCAAAGAUAGCUUCGAGCGACCCAUUCCUUGCAGCUACACCCGAGGUUACUCCUUUGAAACGUCGCUUCUGCUGUCUGUGUUUCUGGGGAUGUUUGGAGCGGACCGCUUUUAUUUAGGUUAUCCGGCCAUUGGUUUGGCAAAGUUUUGCACCCUAGGGUUUAUGUUCCUUGGUCAGCUGGUGGACAUUGCGCUCAUUUCCAUGCAAGUAGUUAAGCCCGCGGAUGGUUCCAAUUAUGUCAUCGACUAUUUCGGGCCGCGGCUCUCGUUUCUAGCUGUUGACAACGACACUUAUGUUGUGCCACAGGACGACUGGUAGCUGUGUUGCUUAUGCACAAGGUGUCUGUGUAUAUAGGGGCGGCAUGAAGGGCGAACAUCGUUCGGAGAAAGACUGAGUGAUGCUACGAAUGUCGGUGUCAAUUGAUCGCGUAAAAUAUGUUUUGUUUUAUCGAUUGAUUUCGGUUGUUAUCGGCUUUCCCGUAAAUAAAAGAGAGGAACGUUACUGAACAUAAGGUAUACAAUGCAAGUUCGAUGUUCAAGUAUGUAUGUUCUACAGUGUUCAAGCGGAGACUGCUUAUAACGUGUGUCGUGGGACCGCCGAAAAUCCACACUACAAGCAAUGUCGCACUAUAACCAAAUAUCACAUUUUUUGGUGAUUACAUGCCCGAGAUUGAG